AUGUCUACCCCCUUCGACCUUCGCAACCCCGGACGCCCGAUCCAUGUCGGCGUUGUCUUGUUGAAUACCGUAACCGAACACCUCGACAUCGCCCCCGUUGGCUUUUUCCACAACUUCAGCACCUCCUUCAUCAAACACCUCCCACCCUUCGCCAUCUCCGACGACCUCAGAUCCCAGGCCCUAGACUUCGUCACUCACUGGGUCACAGAAGACGGCACGACCCCGGGCUCCCUAAGCGGGAACCUCAAAGUCAUCCCCACGGACUCCUUCGCCACCUGCCCACCCCUCGACAUCGUGCUCAUCGGCGCCGGCCAAAUGGGCUACCAAGCCACCACCACCGAGAAGGACUUCCUCCGGAAGUGCUACGCCGAAUGUUCCGCGUUCUUGUCUGUUUGCGGUGCGUCUGACGCCCUCCUAGCCACCGGGAUCUUGGAAGGCAAGACGGCGACAGGUCCACUUUCGUUUCUGCCAUUGUUUCGUGAGAUAGCGCCGGGCACAAACUGGGUGGAGAAGAGAUGGGUGAGGGAUGGGAAGAUGUGGACUACGGGGACGUUGUUGAAUGGCCUGGAUAUGAUUGCUGCGUUUGGGAGGGAGGUUUGGGGUGGGGAGGGAUCUUUGGUGGAACAUGUCCUUCGGACAGGGUAUUUUCCGAGCAGGAAUGUGGAUUAUCAGGAUGAGACGAUUAUAAGUAUAUGUGUCCACGUCCACGGAGCUCCAAAGCUUGCGAUGCAUGUAAAACGCGCAAAAUCAGGUGUAUACCCAACGAGAAAGGCGGCGGGAAAGACGCCUCUUGGAUACACAUGUACAGUUAAUGGGAAUUUUCCAUCAACGACCCAUUUGCUAACUGCGGAAAGAAGUACAAACAGCUCGAGUGGCCGAGUGUUGAGGGCUCCUACUCAUCAUGGUAACGAUGUUAUCUCGGGCCUAAUUCGAAACCAGCCAAAAGCAGAAGAGGACGAGGUGAUGCAGCUGCGUCAACUGCAUUGCGGUGUAUUGCAAGCCCGGAGUCUAGGCGAAGGGGAUUCUCGUACCCAAAUAGAUACCAAUUCUAACGUCGGUGAUACCGUGGACUGCAAUUCCAGGUCCAGCAAGAUCAACUUGAAUAUGGACGAGGCCGAACAGCUACUAUUGCAGUUCAAACACCAAAGGGCAUACUUCCCGUUCAUCGUGGUACCCGAGGAGACCACGGCGGCGUCAUUGGCAUCAUCUCAACCCUUUCUAUUACUGGCUAUUCUGACCGUAUCCUUGACGCGGAAGCCGCUUCUGCAGAAGAGGUUGGAUGAACGAUUCCGCCGUGUGCUAAGUGAGAGGGUUAUAUUCUAUGGGGAAAAGAGCCUGGAUUAUGUUCAAGGUCUGCUGGUUUAUAUGGCAUGGCGUCCGUUACAUAUCCGACCGCUCAGUCGCCAGGGUCAGCAGUUCAUGCAGAUACUUGUGACUAUGAUAUCUGACUUGAAGCUUACGGAAAAUAUGCACGAUCAGGCCCCUCGAGACAUCUGCCUCGGGUGCUUUAGUCUUUCAUCUUUGUUAUCCGUUGGCUUCCGCCGGCGUGGUGAUGACGUCGCCUAUAAGUAUCUCAAAGAAGCAGUGAAUGCCAAUCAGCGAUUAAAUCAACCGUGUGAUGAACAGUUUCAACUCUCGGAACUCCAUAUCCUAUUUGAAGAGAUAAUGCGCUGCCAAAUGGAAUCUGGCCCUCUGAAAUGCCCAAUGACCAAACAACAGAGAGUCGAAGAGAAAAUGGAAUCUUUCCGCCUAGAACUACAGAUAUUUGAACGAGUACAUGGUCCCAGCACCAAUACUAACAUACACACUGUCCCUGUACGUCUUCUAUUAUCAUCACUCAAAGUGCAUAUCGCACUUCUACCUUUCCGAAUUCUUGAUCCUGGACCUAGCAGCAUACCAAACCUCGACCGCUUCGUCGACCAAGGUACCUCCUGCGCCACUGAAAUCCGGUCUUUUUUCGAAUACUUCCUUUCCCUCUCACAGGGACAAUACAUAUUAUUCUCGGUUCGGGAUUGGUGCCAAUUGAUUCUUAUCAUCAGCGCAGCCUCCGAUAUUUGUUUCCUACCUUCUUCUUCUAUGAGCCCUAUAUGGAACGACUUCCAAAUCAAGACACGAUCAGGCAUGCUAAUCUACCUCGAGAGUCUUUCUCAUCGAAUCUCAAGACUUUCCGUCACGAAGGCUGGAGAGACCCCUGAUGUAUUCUUUAUGUUCAAGUCGGUGUUGGAUAUUGUGCUGUCUAAAUAUGCUCCGACCAGCGGGGACUCUUCAGCUCUAACGUCAACAAGCAGUAGGGGAAACCCUUCUGUGAGAGAGGAACCUGGCCGGGAUGUGGCUGCUAUUUCAUCCACACUUUCGACCCGCUGCCCCAUGGUGAACGGGAGUAUCCGAGAGUCAGAAUUUUGGGAGGCUAUGAAGCAGAGUGAUCUGUACCUGGAAGGGUUGGCGAACGGGGUGAACGGUGAGGAUGUGUACACAUCGGGAGUAGAUAGUUUGCUCGCUGAUUGUGGGGACUGGCCGAGCAUCUUUUCAGAAUGGAUCAACGUGUCAGUCAAUUGA